GCACAACGCGUUGGAAAAGGAAGACGGAAAGAGCGCCCAAAUCAAGGAGAAGGCUUCCACUCCAAUCAAGGCAAGUCCCAGGGGUCAAGGGAAAAAGAGAGAGCUUGAGCGAGGGCGGCCAGCCGACAUGGGGAUCGUGGAGACGUGGGUGCGCGAGAAGCCCAUCCGCACCUUCCUCGCCCGCCUCUCCAGCCAGUCCGCCGCCGGCUCCACCUCCUCCGCGGCGGCCGACGGCGACAGCGGCGGAGCCGAUGGAGGCAUACCGCAGCUCUCCUCCAUCGCCAACUCCGUCGUCUCCCGCUGCUCAGGGAUUCUUGCUCUUGCAACUGAAAACUUGCAGCAAAGUUUUGAGGCUGAUUUCCCAGAUAAUCACAAGGAACCCAAUACAUAUGCAAGGGAGUUAUUAGAGUACUGCUGCCACAAAGCUCUUCAUGCAGUAACUACACGUCCAGACUAUUUGGCUGAUAAGAAUCUUCGUCGUCUAAUGUUUGAUAUGAUGCUUGCAUGGGAACAUCCAGGUGCUGAGGAUGGAUUGCUAGAAAAUGGUUUAACUUUGCAGAAUGCCGUGGAGAUUGAAGAUGAAGAUGAGGGAUCAAUUUUCUAUGCAAAUUCCACAAGUUUGGCUGUUCAAGUCAAUGACAUGAAGACAGUUGGGUUAAGAGCUUUUACACGGAUAGCACCUUCGUGCCCAAUAAUAGCUGACUUGGUUACUGUCCACAAUCUGUUUGAUGCACUAACAUGUUCAUCUGGUGGCCGAUUACACUAUUUCAUAUAUGACAAGUAUCUUAAAAGUUUAGACCGAGUAUUCAAAUCUGUCAAAGGAAUCAUGCAGUCACCACUUGCUUCAAGUUUUCAUCUUAAUGCUGGGGAGUGUAUAUUAGCUGUUGAAGGAGAUAGGCCUAUUCAUCCUGUAUUGCAGCAUAUUGGAAUAUCAGCUUGGCCAGGAACGCUGAUCCUAACAACACACGCUCUGUAUUUUCAGAGUAUCAGAGUUGGUUAUGGUGAUAAGAUUGUUAAAUAUGAUUUAGCAACAGAUUCAAAUCAAGUGAUUAAUCGUGAUUUCACUGGACCGUUGGGUGUUCGGCUUUUUGAUAAGGCUAUGAUGUACAAAUCAAGCACUCUAACAGAACCAAUAUAUUUUGACUUUCCUGAGUUAGGAGAACCCUCGCGAAGAAACUAUUGGUUAGCAAUUACUCGUGAAGUAAUGCAGGUGAAUAAAUUCAUCAGGAAAUUCGAUCUUGAAGAUAUUCAGAAAGCAGAAGCACUCUCAAAAGCUAUCCUGGGCAUCUUGAGAUACUCUGCUGUGAAAGAAGCUUUUCAUGUUGCUCCUUCUCAUGUUAAGACAACACUCACUUUUAGCUUAGCAGAAAAGCUCCCAAAAGGAGACAUGGUAUUAGAGGCCCUAUAUAAUAAUUACUUUCAACUGUUGGACACUCCGUUGAGCCAUUUCGCAACUGCAGCAGUUAAGAAAACGUCGAAGACUCAUACUGUACCAUUUGCAUUAUAUGCUCUCUCUAGAAUGGGAUUUAUCCUGCUGAAUAGAAAAGAUGAAACUGAAAAGGAGAUAAGCUUUUGUGCUGCUUGCAUUGGCGUAACAAAAUCUCUCGAGGCUGCUUUGGAAGAGUCAUUUUGUUAUUCUGAAAGAAUAGAGGCAGCACGUGCUACGGUUGAUCAAGUAAAGGUGGAAGGUCUUGAUGCAAAUCUUGCCCUGAUGCAGGAGCUACUUUUCCCCUUCAUUCAAGUAGGCAAACUUAUUCACUCUUUAACCAAGUGGGAAGAUCCCGUGAAAUCAUUUCUGUUCUUAGCUUUUAUCCUCUAUAUUAUUAAAAGUGGGCUCGUCAAUUACACUGUGCCCUCUAUUUUCGUACUUUCUGCUACUGUUAUGCUGUGGCAGAAAUACAGUGGAGAAGGAAAAUUGUUGGAAGUGCUUGAAGUAAGAGCUCCUCCAAGUAAAAAUCCUGUUGAGCAAAUCUUGAUAUUGCAGGAGGCUAUUUCCAAGUUGGAAGAAACUCUACAGGCUGUAAACAUUGUUCUCCUCAAGUUCAGAGCUAUCUUGUUUGCAGCUGUUCCAAAGACAACUCAAACGGUGGCAGUGGCAUCUCUUGCUGCAGCUGCACUUGUUGUCUUGACGCCUCCCAGGCAUCUGCUCCUGAUGGUAGUCCUAGAGGUCUACACAAGGGAGAUGCCGCUAAGGAAGCAGAACACGGAGAAGUUCCGCAGACGACUUAGAGAGUGGUGGGCCCGUAUCCCAGCUGCUCCUGUACAGAUGGUCAGACCUAAUGAAAACAAGAAAAAGAUAUGACUAUGAGCUCUGUAUCCAUUGCAACUAACAGCUCACAAUUUUGCCCAGUCUUCUUGGUAACCUAGUCAGCUAACCUGUACAGAUAUCACCCAUUAUUACAGUGCAAUUGUGC